AGGUCAGCUCACGUCUCACUAUUCAUUUAGCAUUAUUCAACCCCACUCUCUCUAUAAUGGCCGCCAAGAAGAAGAGUAAAGCUACUUCACUCAUCUUCUCCUCUCCCUAUUUCUGACCUCUUACUUCUUCUCUUAUAUUUCAAUUGCUUUGUCUAUCUUGAUUUUCAUGCUUUCUUGAAGAAAAAAUUAUUAUUUUCUACUUCUUUUGCUCUUUUAAGAAAACCCAUUUCAAAGAACUGCCCUUGUUUUGAUCUUACUCAUUUUCUUGAGAAGGGCUGUUUGUUCUCUUUGAAAAAAGAAUAAUUACAAGAUAGUAGCAUUUUUUUUUUUGGAUUUUCUUGAAAAUCUUCGUUUUGGGUUUUUGGUGUGAGAGAGUUAUAAAUGGGGAGUAAAUGGAGGAAAGUAAAGCUUGCACUUGGUUUGAAUCUGUGCGUGUAUACACCAAGAAAUAAUAUAGCUGAUAAUGAUGAGGAGGAUGGAUCUUUGCCGCCGUCUUCUUAUCGGCACUCAGACGCUGCUCUCCUGUCGCCGGUGGCGGACUGGACCUCAGCUCCACCGACUCCAGGGUCAAAUAGGCUGAAGUUAUCCAAGAGCUUGAGUAGAUCUUCUUCCAAGAAAACCUGCUCAAUUUGUUUGACAUCAAUGAGACGAGGAGAUGGCCAAGCUAUAUUCACUGCCGAGUGUUCGCAUUCCUUUCAUUUCCAUUGUAUUGCUUCCAAUGUGAAACAUGGCAACCAAAUUUGCCCUAUUUGCAGAGCAAAGUGGAGAGAGAUUCCCUUGCAAGGUCCGAGUCUGGAUCCUCCCCAUGGAAGGGCGCGAGUCAAUCCGGUCGAUUGGCCCCAAAACAAUGGUUUGAUGACAGUAGUCCGCCGAAUACCACCUCGUUCAAAUUCUAGUAGAAAUGUUGCACCACUAUUUCAGUCUCCUGAGCCGGCAAUCUUUGAUGAUGACGAAUUGUUGGAUCAUGAAAUCGACUCCACUGAAAAAAUCUCUUCAAAAAGUAGCCUUGGAGAAUGUAAUCAACAAAGAAAAGUUAAGAUGAAGUCAUUUACGGAAGUUCCAGCAGUCUCACAGUUGAACACUUCUGACAAGUUCACUGUCUUGAUUAACCUAAAAGCUCCUACAGCAAACUCUUGGCAGAAUCCCGGCAGAAACCAGGCUAAUAUACCCCAAAUUUGUCAAAGACCUCGAGCUCCUGUUGAUCUCGUUACUGUUCUUGACAUUAGUGGAAGUAUGGCAGGCACUAAACUUGCAUUACUAAAACGAGCUAUGGGUUUUGUGAUACAGAAUCUCGGUCCCAAUGAUAGGUUGUCAGUCAUCGCCUUCUCUUCAACGGCCAGACGCCUCUUUUCCCUGCGUAGGAUGUCUGAAACAGGACGGCAGCAAGCAUUACUGGCUGUUAACUCUUUAGUUGCCAAUGGAGGGACAAAUAUUGCUGAAGGUUUGAGAAAAGGAGUCAAAAUAAUGGAGGACCGGAGGGAAAAAAAUCCAGUUGCCAGUAUAAUAUUAUUAUCAGAUGGGCAAGACACGUAUACUGUCAGUAAUAUUAGUGGCAGCCAGAAUCAACCAAAUUACCAGUUGCUCCUACCUGUUUCUAUGCACCCUGAAGAUGGUUCAGGUUUUAAGAUUCCGGUUCAUGCAUUUGGGUUUGGUGCCGAUCAUGAUGCAUCAUCCAUGCACUCAAUUUCAGAGAUUUCUGGGGGGACCUUUUCUUUCAUUGAGACCGAAGGGGUGAUCCAGGACGCAUUUGCACAGUGCAUUGGAGGCCUUUUGAGUGUUGUGGUGAAGGAUCUGCAGGUUCAUAUCGAGUGUCUUCACCCAAGUGUUUAUCUUGGUUCUUUAAAAGCAGGGAGUUACCCCAACCACGUCUUGUCAGAUAGACGUACAGGAUCUAUUGAUGUUGGAGAUCUCUAUGCAGAUGAGGAGAGAGACUUCUUAGUUUCAAUAAACGUCCCUGCUGCAUAUAGAAGCAAUGAAACAAUGUUGUUGAAGGUAAAAUGUAAUUACAAUGAUCCUUUGACAAAAGAAACGGUCACCUUGGAAGGUGAAGAAGUUAGAAUCAAGAGACCUGUAGUGGCUAGACAAGAUGAAGUGUCAAUCGAAGUGGACAGGCAACAAAACAGGCUUCAAGCAGCAGAGGCAAUGGCCCAAGCACGCACUGCAGCUGAAAAUGGAGAUCUGGCUCGUGCUGUUUCUAUCCUCAACAAUUGCCGAAAACUGUUGUCCGAAACUGUGUCGGCUAAAUCUCAUGACAGGCUGUGCAUUGCACUUGAGGCCGAGCUCAAGGAAAUGCAAGAGAGGAUGGUGAGCAGACACGUGUACGAGGCUUCGGGAAGAGCAUAUAUACUGUCGGGGCUGAGCUCACACUCAUGGCAGAGAGCAACAGCAAGAGGUGAUUCUACAGAUGGUUCAAGCCUUGUUCAGGCCUAUCAAACACCUUCGAUGGUCGAGAUGGUUACUCGUUCUCAGGCCACAUUGUUAGGCAGUCCUUCAGCUCAAAGGCUCCUUCGACCAGUGUGGUCAUUUUCAUCUCGACCUAGGCCGAGGUGAUGCUGCAUUAUGAUGCAUCUCCCGUUUUGGUUUCUUUCUUCCUUUAUCAUGAUUGAGUUUCGUUUGGGGGUGGGGCCAUUCGAGUAACGAAUGAAUAUUUGUCUCUCGAUAUCGUUCCUCUCUAGUUAUGUAAAGAAAUAAACUCAGUAAGGUGUGCAAUAUAAUUUGGGGAAGGCAAGGAAACACUAGCUAGGUUCACAACUAGUUUUUAUCUCUUCUCGUUAUUGGUGGGGGUGAUGUAGAUAGGAAAAUAUGGUUUUUGUCUUUUGAGAAAUUGGGUACAAGUUUGUAAGUUUGAAGAUACUUCUGGACAACUUUCCGUUCUUCAUAUAAGAAAAUUGUAUUGUAUUAUCCUGCA